CCCAUCCCUCACACAGGGGGGCCGCCGACCGUCACCGACGCCAACCUGUGCCUGGGCCGCCUGCUGCCCGAGUUCUUCCCCCGCAUCUUCGGGCCGGGCGAGGACCAGCCGCUGUGCCGGGACGCAGCCCUGCGGGCGCUGCAGGGCCUGGCUGCCCAGGUGGGCGCCGGCGCGCCCGGCCAGCACCCGAUGUCGGUGGAGGAGGUGGCCAUGGGCUUCAUCCGCGUGGCCAACGAGGCCAUGUGCCGGCCCAUCCGCGCCCUGACGCAGGCGCGAGGCCACGACACCUCCCGCCACGUGCUGGCCUGCUUUGGGGGCGCGGGGGGACAGCACGCCUGCGCCAUCGCCCGCGCCCUGGGCAUGAAGAAGGUUUUCAUCCACAAGUACAGCGGGGUGCUGUCGGCGUACGGGAUGGCGCUGGCGGACGUGGUGCACGAGGCGCAGGUGCCCUGCGCCCUCCGCUACGAGCCGGCCGCCUUCGCCCAGCUGGACGAGCGCAUCGCCGCGCUGGAGCAGGAGUGCCGGCAGGCGCUGGCAGCCCAGGGCUUCUCCAGCGACCAGAUCCGGACCGAGGCGUUCCUGCACCUGCGCUACGAGCGCACCGACUGCGCCCUGAUGUGCUCGGCCAAGGGGCACCCCCCGACCCCCCGCUCCUGCCGUGCCGGGGACUUCGCCGCCGCCUUCGCCAGCCGGUACAGGACAGAAUUUGGCUUCACCAUCCCCGACCGCGCCGUGGUGGUGGAUGACGUGUGCGUGCGCGGCACCGGCAGCACCGGCAUCAGCUGCGAGAGCCCGCUGGCACCCAGCGGGGAGCCGCCGCGCGUGGAGACGGUGACGCGGUGCUACUUCGAGGAGGGGUACCUGGAGACGCCGGUGUUCCUGCUGGAGCAGCUCUCCUGCGACCACGCCAUCCCCGGCCCUGCCAUCAUCAUCGACAAGAACAGCACCAUCCUGGUGGAGCCGGGCUGCACCGCCAGCCUGACGGAGCUCGGCGACGUCUGCAUCGCCGUGGGCUCGGGGCGGCCGAGCGCCGUGGGCACGCAGCUGGACCCCGUGCAGCUCUCCAUCUUCUCCCACCGCUUCAUGAGCAUCGCAGAGCAGAUGGGCCGGAUCCUGCAGCGCACGGCCAUCUCCACCAACAUCAAGGAGCGCCUGGACUUCUCCUGCGCCCUUUUUGGGCCGGACGGGGGGCUGGUGUCCAACGCCCCCCACAUCCCCGUGCACCUGGGAGCCAUGCAGGAGACCGUCCAGUUCCAGAUCCGCAGGCUGGGGGACGACCUGCGGGAGGGGGACGUGCUCCUCAGCAACCACCCCUGCGCCGGGGGCAGCCACCUGCCCGACCUGACCGUCAUCACCCCCGUGAGUGCGGCACCGGGGGACACGCGGG